AUGGGGGAUGCAGAACUCAAUUUUCGUCUCCAUAAAGAACGCGCCGCCGGCGAACUAACUACCGGUGACGUGAUGAAGCUUAUCGAGAAAAAGCCGAAGGUGGCUGAUGACCUGGGAGUCGCCCAAUCAAUCGUCUCUCGUGUUGAGGAUUUUGCGCAGAAGCCUCUAACACCGUUGACGGCCUUCAGCCCUAAGGAAGCUCCUGAUGAAAAGAAAGGCUCAUCCAAGACCGUGAACAACAAAAGGCCUGUGGUCGAACUUGACAGUCCCAUCACGAAAAGAGCCGUCCCUAGUGGGCUGAAAACGCUUACGGAUAGCUUCCGAAGCCCAGUUGCUUCGGCGGCAUCUUCUCCGGCUGUUGGAUUUGAGAGCCCCGUCACAAGGAAGCAGCCGCUCACAACAGACGAAAGGCUUACGGAUGCUUUCAGGAAUACAGUUACUUCCGCAGCUUCUCCGAAUUUUGGACUUGAAAGCCCAAGUCCGGUGGUGUCGCCAGCCUCUCAUAACACUCCGCCAAAAAAUAAAAAGCCAGGCAGUGUUGCGCGCGAUGACGUGCAGUCGGAAUCGAAGCAGAUGUCCUCGCCCGUAAAUACAAAUCGCAAGGUCGCGACUACCAAAAGUGUGUCGGAGAUCUCAGAAGCUGUAAAUCUCGAAUCCGGACCAUCGGAAGAUAAUAUGGAUAGCAAGGACGACGCUGAAGAAACUGAAUUUUUCUCGAAGCACCUGCCUCCAGGCUUCAAGCUUUCCUUUUCUCGAUUUGCGUGGCGCCCCGGUGGCGAAAAAUGGAAGAAUGCGCAAAAUGAUGCUCGCCUCAACGCUUUUGAAAAGGAUCUGGAGGCGCUGCGCGAAGAGGGAAACUCGGAUUGGACGGCCUUGGAAGAUGAGGAGCUCGACUUCUGUUGCUGCGAUGCGCAACGCGAAUAUCAGCCGUUCACUUUCGGGAACGUUAAAGAGGAGGCUGCGAUCCCGCUUCCCACUCGUCCUGGUUGGGUCCUCGAACAUCCCAAAAGAAGUUAUCAGACGACCUACAAAAAAAUCAACGAGCUCUGCGUGAAGUUGCUUUAUACUGAUUUGGGAGCCGAUGGUGAAGAAACGGUCUCCUUCAAACAUUUGGCGGAGAUGGCGAUGCUUAUUGGUGGUUACGAGCGUUACAAACUUCGCGGGCUGCGGUCUUUCUGGGAGGAGCAUGGCGAAAUUUAUCAGGAGGCCGCCAAGUACAUGAUUAGGUUGCUCGCCUCGGCUGAAGAAUCGUUGAAUAUGGUGAACAUGUUUCUUUUACUGAACUGUAAUUUAGGCCAUUCCCACCUAGCCAAAGGGACUCGUUCCGUGACCCUGAACCUCUGCCAAUGUGCCACGCUCAUUACUUUCGGCUUUUUCGGUGCAUAUCCCGACCGCCUGGGCAAGGACAACUAUCCGCGCUUCGAGUUUGACAGUCUAAUCAACUCGGAAAGCCGUAUACAUCAGGAAAAGCUGAAGUUCAUCUUCAAUUAUUUCCAAAAGAUUUCUGGUGAGCACGAGACGCGUUGUAAGCAGUUAAUCACUUUCACACGUCGUACGAUGUCGCCGGAAGACUUGCCGGAUUGGGAAAAUUCGGCAGUGAAGCUUUCUUCCUGCAACUUUGCGCUCGACAACCAAAAACGCAUCGAGGAUUACCAUUACGCGGUCCAUUUAGACUUUGCCAAUCGGCGUAUUGGCGGAGGUGUCCUGGAAGAGGGGGCUGUUCAGGAGGAAGUGCUCAUGCUUUGUCGCCCUGAUACGCUGGUGUCCAUGUUAAUUUGUGAGAAAAUGUAUGCUCUUGAGGCUAUCCAGAUAAAGGGGGCACCGAUGAUCAACAGCUAUAAAGGAUACGGGCAUUCUUUGGAGUUUGUCGAGUUACCGCCCCAGGAGUGUAAAAUGGAUGAGCUGGGAGGAUAUGAUACAGAGAUCCUCGCCAUCGAUGCGCACUGCUUCCAGAUCUCAUCGAAGCAGUAUUGCAGCCAUUGGCUAAAUCGGGAGCUCAAUAAGGCAUUCGUUGGCUUCUACCACAAAAGCGACAAAUCUUAUGACAAAAGCCGCCCGUUGGCUACAGGAAAAUGGGGUUGUGGCGUCUUCAAUGGAGACCCCUACUAUAAAGCCCUUCUCCAAUGGAUGGCGGCCGCCGUUAAUCAUCGUGAUAUGGUGAUGACGACGUUUGGGGACGAGUCGCUACUGAUGCAACUAGACUUUCAAAUUAUCAUGUCACACAAACUAGGCUUGACUGUUGGCCAACUCUACAAGAUCCUGCUGAACUGGGAGAAAUUCGUCGAGCAAGGCGGACUUCGAGAACUGCCACUACCACUAUUCAUCAUGGAGCAGAUGGAGAUGGCCUAUGGAAAAGAUCUCGACGAU